ACAAGUUCUCUUCAAGAAUCACCUCUCAGUGCACCACCCACCGCUGAGCAAUGGCGGGCUGGAGGCGGCGGUGGCCGGUGAUGAAGCGACAGCAGUGGAACUCUACGAAACGGCCAAGGACUUGGACGCACAGCAGGCGCAGGCGAACCUCCUCCUGGCUGGCAAUCAAAAUUCCGUUGCUGCAAACCACAACAAUCACUCCAAAAAGGCGGGCAACGGAGUUGGUCAUCACCACCACCACGACCAUGGUCAUCAUCACCAUCACUCGGGAAAGGACGGCGGCAGCGGCGAAAUAGCCACCAUCGCCUGGAUGAUCAUCAUCGGCGACGGCCUGCACAACUUCAUCGACGGCAUCACCAUCGGGGCCGCUUUCUCGCAGAGCAUCAUGGAGGGCAUCAGCAUCUCGGUGGCGGUCAUCUGCGAGGAGUUUCCCCAUGAGUUGGGGGACUUUGCCAUUCUCCUCAGCAGCGGCAUGACCUGGCGGAAGGCUGUGGGCUACAACUUUCUCUCCGCUUGCACUUGUUAUUUGGGAAUGAUUGUAGGUAUUUUGCUGGGCGACCUGGCGGACGCCACGCCGUACAUCUUUGCACUGGCCGGCGGUAUGUUCCUCUACAUCAGCCUGGUGGACAUGAUGGGCGAGCUGUCGAGUAAUCUGGANAACGUGGGCCUCCUCCUAGGCAUCAGCAUCAUGUUCCUGCUGGCGAUGUACAGCGACAAGAUUCAGUUUGACGGCCUGGUGCCGCCCAAGAACUCGGACAUGCCUUUCACUGAUUCAUAUAAAGGAUAA